CCAAUUUUAGAGCUAUGAUGAAUGUUUCAAAUGGGUGCAUUCCUAAUUACCAAUAUCAAAUUCUUCUAUCUAACACUCACACGAGUGAUAGCCAAGUGGGGCACAGAACGAUGAAGAUGGUGCACGAAGCAGUAGCAUAUGUUAAGACCUGCAUGGGUGGAGGACCAGAUGAUGCGCUCCUAUUUUGUGGUUCAGGCACCACAGCCGCAAUCAAGCAGUUCCAAGAGAUCAUGGGGAUUGCGGUCCCUUCCACAAUGAGAGAGAGGCUAAUAAGGGCCCUAAAACGUGAAGAGAGAUGGGUAAUCUUUGUGGGACCAUACGAGCACCAUUCUAACCUCCUUUCAUGGCGCCAGAGUCUAGCUGAUGUGGUAGAGAUUAGCUGUGACAGUGAGGGAGUGAUGGACAUAGAAGCUCUAAAACAUGAACUAGAAUCAUCUAAGUACUCUAACCGUCCAAUGUUGGGCUCAUUCUCUGCUUGUAGCAAUGUAACUGGGAUCCACACUGACACUCGUGCCAUCGCGCGCCUUCUUCACCAGCAUGGUGCAUUUGCAUGCUUUGACUUUGCCGCAAGUGGUCCUUAUGUGAAGAUAGAUAUGAGAUCUGGAGAUAUAGAAGGUUAUGAUGCUGUUUUCCUUAGCCCACAUAAGUUCGUUGGUGGGCCAGGAUCCCCUGGCGUACUUCUAAUGAGCAAAGCCCUCUAUCAAUUGAAAUCUUCUCCCCCUUCUACUUGUGGAGGUGGAACCGUUUCAUAUGUCAAUGGUUUCAAUGAAAAGGAUACAUUGUACUAUGACAACAUAGAAGAGAGGGAAGACUCUGGGACUCCACCAAUAGUGCAGAAGAUACGAGCCGCAUUGGCAUUCUGGGUGAAAGAAUAUGGUCAUAGCCUAAUCGACUCGCUCGACCAUGGCCUCGUGGAAUUGGCACUCCAGAGGCUCCUUCCCAUUCCAAACAUACACGUGCUUGGAAAUACGCAUGUGAUGCGACUUCCCAUUAUCUCUUUCCUCGUAUUGAGUACUACGAGCUCCUCUAAUGACAUGAAAAAUGAGAGAACAAGUGGAGGAAUUUAUCUAUGGGGAGAGGACAAGAACAAUGUAGACAAGCCCCUUCAUGGGCGUUUUGUUGCGAAGCUCCUCAAUGAUCUCUUCGGCAUACAGGCUCGAGGUGGUUGUGCUUGCGCUGGACCCUAUGGCCACCACCUUCUUAAUGUAGAUGAGCCUCUCUCACUCGCAAUUCGAUCGGCCAUCCAAAAGGGCUACGAAGGGAUAAAACCCGGAUGGACAAGAAUCAGCCUCUCCUACUACAUGUCUAAUGAAGAGGUGGAGUUCAUACUAUCAGCCAUCCAAUUCAUCGCGAUCUACGGCCAACGCUUUCUUCCUCUAUACCACCUCAAUUGGAAAACUGGCGAUUGGAGCCUCCGAAAGAGCAUUUACAAUUCAGCAAUUGGGUCAUCACGAGAACAAGCCCGGUUGCCCAUCACAACCUGCGAAAUCGAGAUACAAGCAGAGAACGACGGAUCAGAUGUGUCCGUGAACGAAAAAAAGCUUGCCGACUUAAUAAAUAACGAUAAGAAGGUUUCUGAGGUAAUUAACAAGUAUGCAUUGUACUUAGAAACUGCUAAAUACAUUGCUGAUUCCCUGCCUAAAUUCCCUUCCCAACGCAAUGUCCCAAAAGAUAUAGACCACAAUCUCAUCCUCUUCAGAAUAUAAAUUUCGGGUGAGUUAUCUACGUGCAUUGAUUGUUGUAUCAG